GUGAAAGUGAAACAACCCUUCGUGUUUAUCCUGCCGUUCUGAGCGAAUAACCAGCAGCCAGGAACUUCUCUCUGUUUGAGCUGUGGAACAAGACCGUGUCCUUCCCUUGUCUAAUUUCUGUAAAAUGACAGAAUCCAGUAUUUCAGUAGAUCAGAGUCAAUUCAGCUGCUCAAUAUGCCUUGAACUACUGAUGGAUCCAGUGACCAUCCCAUGUGGACACAACUUCUGUAAGACGUGUCUUAAGAGCUGCUGGGACGAAGAGGAUCUGAAAGGUGUCUACAGCUGCCCUCAGUGCAGAAGCUCCUUCACUCCGAGGCCUGUUGUGGGUAAAAACAACAUGUUGGCCGAAGUGGUGGAGAAACUGAAGACGUCACACCAAGCUACUCCUGCCGCUCACUGUCCUGUUGGACCUGAAGAGGUGGACUGUGAUUUCUGUACUGGGACAAAACUCAAAGCCCUCAAAUCCUGCCUGGUGUGUCAAGCCUCUUACUGUGAAACUCACCUCCAGUCUCACUAUGAAUCUUCUGCCUUUAAGAAUCACAAGCUGGUUAAAGUGUCCAGACGACUACAGGAGCAGAUCUGCUCUGAGCAUGAGAAACAACUAGAGGUUUACUGUCGCACUGACCAGCAGUGUAUCUGCAUGCUGUGUACCAUGGAUGGCCAUAAAGGACACAAUACAGUAUCAGGUGCAGCAGAAAGAGCUGAAAAACAGAAUCAGUUAGUGGAGACCCGGAGAAAAUCCCAGCAGAAAAUCCAGGAGAAAGAGAAGGAACUCCAAGAGCUAAAGAAAGCUGUGGAAUCACACACGAGCUCUGCUCAGGCUGCAGUGAAGAACUGUGAGAAGAUCUUUACUGAGCUGAUCUGCUCUAUUGAGAGAAAACUCUCUGAGCUAUCAGAGCUGAUCAGAGCUCAGGAGAAGGCGGCAGUGACUCGUGCUGAAGAAGCCCUGAAGAGAUUAGAGCAGGAGAUUGAGGAGUUGAGGAGGAGAGAUAUUAAGCUGGAACAGCUUUCACAAACUGAGGACCACAUCCAAUUCCUCCAGAGUUUCACAUCUGUUUCAGCCCCUCCUGAAUUUGCCGGAUGUUCAAUCACUGUGUUCAGUCCUCUACUUACCUUUGAGGAGGUAGUAAAGACAGUGUUUCAGCUGAGUGAGAAACUGGAAGAGCACUGUGAACAGGAAUUUAAAAAGAUAUCCAGUGGAGUGAAGGAAAUAAUGGUUGUUCCCCUUCCCGAACCCCAAAGCAGAGAAGAAUUUCUUGAGUAUUCCUGUGAGCUCACAAUGGAUCCAAACACAGUGAAUACACUUCUCCACAUGUCAGAAGGAAACAUGGUGGUGACCUGCAGUGAAACAGUCCAGUCAUAUCCCCCUCAUCCAGAGAGAUUUGACUUUUACCCCCAGGUGCUGUGUAGAGAGAGUGUGGGUGGACGCUGCUACUGGGAGGUGGACUGGAGUGGAAGUGGUGGGGUUUAUAUUGCAGUCUCAUAUAAGAGCAUCAGCAGGAAGGAAAAUGGUUUCUUUGGAUACAACGAUCAGUCCUGGAGUUUGUUCUGCUCUCCCUCCAGGUACUCAUUUGUACACAAUAGCAGAGGUACUGUAAUCCCCAUAGGAUCUGACUGCUCUAGAAUAGGAGUGUAUGUGGAUUAUAGUGCAGGAAUUGUUUCCUUCUACAGCAUCUCGGAAAGAGUGAUCCUCCUCCAUAGAGUUCAGACCACAUUCACCCAGCCCCUCUACCCUGGGUUUUGGGUUGGUUUAGGGUCAGCACUUAAACUGUCCCAUCCACCACAACAGAUGAUUAUGAGUCCCUAAGAAGGACUAUGAGUCCCUAAGAAGCUUUGUUUAUCGCUCCAAUAAAAUUUGUCCAGGUAUGAUUUUAAUUAUACUCCAAUAAUAAUAUAGAACGAGAAACCUCCUGUGUGUUCUGGGGCUUUAUAACAGAACUGGUCUGUUUGGAUCCACAAAGAAAUCUCAUGGAAUAAUGGAAUAAAUUUGAGAAUCUUUAUUUUCACAUUUCUACACCGAAAAUCCCAAAACCUUCCUGUAUGAAUCUUUUUUCAGAAAAAUUAUAUUGUAUAUAAUGCUUGUAAGUUUUCUUUAAACUUAAAUAUAUUAUGUAAGUAACAGUCACUAUUUGACCACUGUCACAUUUGAUGACCAUCAUGUAACCAGCAGUAUUGGGUUGAUAGUGCCUUUAUUUCUUCAGCACUACAGCUGAUAAAUAAAGGAUAACGCUGCUCAAAUAGUGACUAUUAGAUACUUGCAUAACAGAGAAAUAUAAUUUCAAUCACACAGAAAUAACAUUAAAAGCCAAUUUUUAAUAAAUGCACAAAUCUCUUAACAGUAUUACACAGCGGACAGCCGAAAAUGUGUGCUGUAGGUAAAAAAAAGUGUUACGUUUGUUGUGUUGUGAAACAAAAAUGUCAGAUCAACUGCAGUGUGCUUCUAAGAGACUUACAAAACUGGCAUUUCCUUUAUGGCAAAGUGUUCUUUGUAAACCUGGCUGGUGAGUCUCAGGUCAUUCUUUUCUUUGUUGUUUUUUUUUUAGUCUCUUUUUCUAGUCUAGAGCUAAAUUUAUAGACCUGGGUCUGUUUUCACAAAGCUUCUCAGAGCAAGAGAGUUGAUCUAGGAUCUGUUCCUAUCCAUCAUGCCAUAGUAAAUUAUAGCAGAAUCUAAUAAUAGCACUCAUCCUUAGUAGAAUGUUGUGAAUACGAGCCCUGGACUCUUCCACUAUAGAAAAACCUCUGUUUGUAUCUGAGUUCUAACCCGUGGUCUUUGACUAGUGUUUUCUUGUUGUUGUAAUGCUGGAUGAUACACUAUAAUUGACUAUAAUUGACUAUAACUGGCAAAGAAGCAGAGAAAUGGCUUGAAAAUCUGGCUCAGACAAUGUCUGCAGUUAGAAAUUUGCAUGAAAUGCUGGGAUUUAACUUUUAAAGCAGUUAAUUACAUUACUAAUAUAGCAAAUGAGAUGGGGUGAGACCCCAUCUCAGGUUACAAGAUGCUAAAAAACUGUUUAUUCCUGUUGUUUUAUCGUACUGCAUUGCUCACAUGGCUUCCUAAACCACAGCUGGUUUAAAAUGCAGCAGCAAGGACUUUAACAUGUAGUAAAAAACAAGAUUUUAUUAAGCCAGCUUUGUUAUCACUCCACUGGCUGCCAGUUACUGACUGUAAAAUAAUGUAUUACUAGCUCUUAAUGGUGCAGUACCUUCAUACAUCUCUGACUGCCUAACAAACUAUGAGUGUGUUUACAUGCACUUAAUCUGAACUACAGAAAAAUCUGAUUAUGUCAGUAAUCCAAUCACCACAUUUACAUGCACUUGAGCAAUCAGACAAAGGGGAAAUUCUUGGUUGGACGUUACAUUUGUCAUGUUUUCUUCUGAGAGUUUAUUGGCCGGUUGCAAAGCAUAAAUCUGAUUACUGACUCUGAGUCAGAUUUCUACAAAGCACUGUCUCUUCAGUAAUUAGAUUUCUGCUUUUUCGGCCAAUAAACUCACAGAAGACGAAUAGACAUAAACGAAAGAAAAAAAACAAACAAAAAGAAAAGAAACAUUGCACCACUUUACACGACAAUAUGAACAUACGAUCAUCUAGAAGAUGAACAGAACUCCUUUAUUCCCGGUUUGGUUUCAGUGCCACUCCAGAUGUGUUUUGCUGUGUCUCGUGACAUUGAAUGUCUGAUCUCGCACCGACUGAGAAAUCUGAUCGAGUAAGAGUUUACAUGCACUGAUAAAUCCGGUUACUGAGCUAAAAUCCAGCCUCUUUAUCAGAUUUCAGUCAGAAUAUGGUGUUUACAUGACCAUUUGAAUAAUCAGAUAACAGCAGAAAUCCAAUUAUGAUCAAAUUAUUGAGUAAACAUACUGUGAAGAAGCAGACUCAGGAAUUUCACAGAUCAAAUCACAGAUUUAUUGGCGAGAAAGGGCAAUCCAAAGCUCAAGGUCAAAAGACAAAGCAAAAAAGAUCAUAACAGGGUAACCAGUCCAAAAAGCCAGGCAAACAGAGCAAAAAGGACAAAAGGCAAAAGCAGAACCCAAAAUUUCAGGCAGAGAUUCAAAAACACCAGCCAGACAGACAAAGUCAGCAGUCAGCCACAAAAGAACAGGCAACACUUUCGCACUGCCUGGCUGAAAGAGAGCACUAUUUAAGGUGUGACUGAUUGUAGAAAUUGGUAGUUGUAGAAUUGUAGAACAGGUGGUUUGUUUGGGAACAGGGCUGGUACGCAAGAGAGUGAGACCUCUGGUGGCCAAACAGUGAAUUGCUGACACAUAACUCUAAGUCCCGAAUUGUGUCUUAACAUCAUUCAGUUCUGCUUCUCCUUAUUCCACAUAUGAAAUUUAAAAGCCGGUAGAGCAGCUUUUUGUUUUUAUACACUUAAGAUCUGGAAAAUGCUGCAAAUAAACACUGGUCAGGCUCCUUCUCUUAAUGAUUUAAAAAAAACAUUACAUUUCUUCAUUUUAGCAUUUAAAUUGUUUAC